AUGACCGAUUAUCCUGGUUAUGUUUACGCUGCCACUAUCUCGUUGGGAGGAGUUUUUGGUUACAUAAAAGCAGGGAGUCUACCUUCUUUGUUUUUCGGUUUAACUUUUGGUGUGUUGGCGGCAUAUGGUGCGAGUAGAGUUAGUACUAAUCCAAGGGAUGUGGUUAUAGCAUUACUUGUAUCGUUGGCGUUGCUUAUUGUAAUGGGCAUUCGUUUCUAUAAAUCUGGAAAAUUUAUGCCAGCUGGCUUAGUUACUGUUCUUAGUUUAAUUUUUACUGUUCGUUAUGGAUAUCGAUUGAUACCUCAAUAA